UGUGUACAUUCGUGACCAUUUUGUCUUGACCUGUUUUUUAUGAAAGAUUAUUAGUUUAUUUAGACAAAAUGACUUCACAUAAUACUAUUAUGGGAAUUGGCCUUGGCUUGUUUUUGAUAAUACUCGUGUGGGUAUUGGCUUUAUUCCUAUGUAUUGCAUUUUCGAGGGCAACUGGUGCGUUAUCGAAUGUUGGAAUAGCUCUUAUUCUUGUAGCAAUAUUAUUCAGUAUAAUAUUGCUGGUGCUGCCCAGAGAAGAUUUUAGUCAGCCUUCAACUAAGAUAUACGACUAUUCUGUCAUCUACCGUUCCUUACUGAUAGCUGGAUGUGCACUAUUCCUGGUUAUCGGCCUUGUAGCAUACCUUGUCACCCACGCUAUGGAACCAGUGUACGCCAAAACCCUACGGCGUAUCAAGCUGUCAUAGACGAAGACUGUUGAGGGCACCGUAUAGUCUGUGAUACGCAAACAAUGUUGACCUCUGGAGUGACAAGCAUAUACAUACGUCAUUGUGCAGAUUCAAAUCAAUAUAACUUCAUUGUCAACCACUCUGUUGGAGUUUUUAAUAGUUUGAUGAUGAUUCUGCCAAUAUGUUUAAACAUGGCCAUUGUGAUUUACAUGUAGGCAGCUAGAUGGAGAUGGUAUUGGUUUGUUGAAUGAUAUUGCCAUAAUAGUUGCUUUUCAUGGUUGUAUUAUAUUUAUAGAUACUCAUGUAUGUUGGACUAGAAAGUAAUGUGUUGAAAUAAAUUGAUAAAGUCAUGCUUAUAGAGAUCAAAGUAAUACUAACAGAGAUCAGUCAAUAAAGUAAUCUUAUUAAACCAAAAGUAGGAUUUAUGCGGAAACAGCUUCAUAUAAGAGCAAAAAAGGAACAUCUUUUAAAUUUGGUAUCAAAAUAUUUUGUAGAUUGAACAUAUGAAAGGAUGGUGUGAGCUUAAUGCAUAAAUGUAUAUGCUAGAAAUGCAUAUAUUUAUUUCAAUUUGGUCAUCACUGAACAAUGUAUUCAUGUUCAUAUACUAUCAUUUCAUGUUACUAUGAUGUUAGGUAUAUAAACUUAUACGCAGUAAUGUUUUUUUUUAUUCAUAUGUAUGCUUCGGUUGUCAACAUAUAUGACAGAACUUAGUAAGAUCUAUUCCGAUAAAUACUUAAAAUAGUCUUAUGAUUAUGUGAUAUUUGAAGUAUACUUGCUUUUAUGUGAUAUUUGAAAUAUAUACUUGCAACUAUU